AUGUUUCCUUCUAACUUCAACAUGCAGCUUCUGGCUGUUGUGACUUUACUUUUGGCCAAUGCAUUUGCCAACCCGAUAAGGCGCAGUGACGACGAGACUACAGGUGCCAGACUUCCUGGUCUCUUUGGACUCUUUACCACUGUUGCUACAUCUGCCCUAACUACUAGUGAACUUGUAAGUCAAAUACUGUUCACCAUGCCUUUGACUUUCCUACUCUCACUUGAAAAUGAUUUCCUCAAACUUGAGCAACACUUGAACUUGGCCACUGGUCUUUCAAAAGGGCACCAUAGCUAAUUCCAAGUUGUUCAGGUUGCCAUUGUCGUCAUUUCAAGCUCAACCAUCUACAUUCAAGAACCCAACUUCUUUCCUACUACCGUAUGGAGCGUACCUGAAAUGACUCCUUCUGGUACAGCUGACCCUAUUACUACCGAGUCAAGUACACCAUACAGCUUUUCAACACCUUUCCUUAAUUAUAACGCAUCAACAACACUACUUUCUUCUACUGAUACUGUUUUUUCCACUUCGGCACCAGGUAUAACAGAUCAGGCCCAGAUAAAAGUAGUGACAACUUCAUCUUGCAACACUGACAUCGCUGGCGUGACCAUCCCUACCAGCGCUCUCACUACCACAGAGUUCAUUGCGGUUGAAACUCUCUGGUGAAACAAUCUACAUCCAGGAGCUAAGUUAUUAUCCCACCAAGACAUAUUAUGGCAUUCCCGCAUCAUCAACAACAUCGACCCUGUCUUGCAAUACAGCUGUUGCAAAUGUGACAAUUGAUGUUAGCAAUCUUACUAUCGGACAGCUCGUUGCUACACCUGUUAUCUGUGGAAGCGUGGUAUACAUUCAGGAGCCAAACUUCUACACAUCGAAGACUUAUAACGGCAUCCCUGUUUCUGCGAAAACAACUUCCGCCGUAGUCUCGUGCACCACUAGGGCGGCUAUUAAAGCACGUAUGCCGCAAGCACGUACUGGUCAUAAUAUACCUUUCUUUGAUCAAAAGAGACCAACCUCGCUCCACCAAGCCGACCGAAAUUGGGUCAAGAGUGUCCCAAGUAGCGUUGCGGGAAAUCAAGGUGCGCGGGCUUUCCGGGAAAGGCAGGGAUAA